AUGGCUGCAGCUACUACCAAUGUCUCUUACACUACCAAUUUGCUCAAAUACAUGGGCCUGGACCAGAAGGGAAGCGCAAUGGCUGAGUAUAUAUGGAUUGACGCUGUUGGCGGUGUCCGUUCAAAGUCAAAGACCCUUACUAGCAUACCACCAAGUGGAGAGUUUACAGUAGAUGACCUUCCCGAAUGGAACUUUGACGGUAGCUCUACAGGUCAGGCUCCCGGUGAUAACUCUGAUGUCUAUCUUCGGCCUGUUGCUGUUUUCCCAGAUCCAUUUCGCGGUGCACCAAACAUCUUAGUUAUCACUGAAUGCUGGGACCCCGAUGGAACUCCAAACAAAUAUAACCAUCGUCAUGAAGCCGCCAAACUCAUGGAAGCGCAUAAAGCACAAAAACCCUGGUUUGGAUUAGAACAGGAAUACACACUACUAGAUAUGCACGACAGGCCUUAUGGAUGGCCCGCCGGUGGCUUCCCUGGUCCCCAGGGCCCAUACUAUUGCGGAGUUGGAUCUGGAAAGGUGUAUUGCCGAGAUAUCGUCGAAGCCCAUUACAAAGCCUGUCUAUUCGCUGGUGUGAAAAUCUCGGGAACUAACGCUGAAGUUAUGCCCGCGCAAUGGGAGUUCCAGGUUGGUCCCUGUGAAGGAAUUGAGUUGGGUGAUCAACUUUGGCUGGCUCGAUUCCUACUUCAUCGUAUUGCAGAAGAAUUUGGUGCCAAAAUUUCAUUUCAUCCAAAGCCUAUCCCAGGUGACUGGAACGGAGCCGGCCUUCACAGCAACUUCUCAUCGGAAGAGAUGCGCAAACCUGGUGGUAUGAAAGCUAUAGAGGCUGCCAUGAAGAAACUUGAAGCUAGGCACAAGGAGCAUAUUGCUGUAUACGGAGAGGAUAAUACCAUGCGUUUAACUGGACGACAUGAGACUGGCAAUAUUGAUUCAUUCACUUACGGUGUUGCAAACCGUGGCACCUCUAUUCGUAUUCCCAGAGAGGUCAGCCAAAAAGGUUUUGGGUACUUCGAGGACCGAAGGCCAGCAUCAAAUGCCGACCCGUACCAAAUAACAGGUAUAAUGGUAGAGACAAUUUUUGGUGGGCUCGACAAAUAG